GUUGGAUUUCGUAAGAAUAGCUGCUUUUGAUGUGUUAAAAGGGAGAUGAUACCGCAAUGGCUUUGAAAUUACAAUACUAAAACUUCAAGAACUUGAUAGACAUACGGUCCUAUCAGGUGCAUAAAUUUGGUAAGAAAAUACAUUUUGAUGUAAAUUUGUAUGUAAUUAGUCAUUAACUGUCGAGCAAUUGUUCGUUAGUUCUUCUAUGGAAUUUGGUGCCCCUAAAGAGAAGGAUCAUAACUAAAAAAAUUAUGAUCUAAAUUGCAGCAACAGUGUCGCAGCUGAUUUAAUGUCUGCAAAGCGCUUGCGUGAACCGCUGGCAACUUGUUGCUGAGCACAUGCUGUGGAUCAUGAUAUUAAUAUAGUGUAAUUAGUUCAGUGGCGUAAAUGACAUGUUAGUUAAAUGCUAAAGGAAAUAACCGUACUUUAUUAGAUCUAAAAUGCGAAUUAAAAUCGCUGCGAAUUGUACCUUAUUGAGAGACGGUUCCUUCGAACGUGCAACUCACAUGGUCAUAGUUUAGUGCUGGUCGUAACCAUCUUGAAAAAGACAGCGCAAACUCUCUUGGAAAGACGACGUGAGUUUGUCGUAAGCCGUGUUUGAGGGGCAUCAGUGUAAACUCCAUUUGGAUUCGAUUGUGCACGCCUUGACGUAACGAUAAGUCAAGGCUGGCUUUCGUUUUAUCGUUUCAUAAAAAUACAUUUAUAAACUUGGCCCCACGGGAAAAAGACAAAAGAAAUCACCUUGGUUAUUCCCCGAAGCGUUGAAGACAAGUAUGAAUUUUACUGAAUGAAAGUUGUUAUUUCUACCAAUGAAAGGAAUUGUUAAUUAUAAAAUUACAAUAGUUAACCCAGGACCUAGCACAUGUAGGAAUGGCGAGCGUGAUCAAAAGAAAAGCAGUUCUUUGGCUUUAUUCCCCGAAGCCUUGAUGACAAAAAUAUAAAUUUUCAUAAAUAUAUAUAUUUUUUAAUUUCUACCAAUUAAAAGAUUUUUUAGUUUUGAAAGUACAAUAGUUAACCCAAGACCUAGCGCAUGUCGGAAUGGCGAACGUGAUUACGCUGCAAUUAACGCAACGGAAAUUUGUUGCAGUUCAGUUUUACCUAUGGUUCAGAUUUUUUUCCCAGUGUUUUACACUCAUUCCACAGCACGCUACCAAAUUUUUACAACAUAGGUUCAGGUCAGUGUGGUUGAGCACGCAUGUCAUUCUGGAAACUGUCAGGACUUGUGGAUUGAUUAAAAUAAAUUCAUUUGCAGCCAAGGCGUAUAGCCAUUGUUAUUUUAUGAAUUUACAGGCAGGGCUUGGAAGAAUAGCCAUAUUCUUUUGGGCAAUGUUCAAUGACAUAACAGUUUUGGCUCCGUCGAUCGACAAAUAUUCGAUUCAUCUACUUGAUUGCAACAGACAUGAUUACAUUUGUUUGCCACAGCUGAUCAAACUACCAAACUUGCUCUAUAGGUAUGUUGAUAUUAAAACGCUUGACCUCGCAUACGGAAGUUGAAGCUUAAUCGUGCUUCUUCCUUGAUAUCUCAUCAGACCAAUUUCGAUAUGUUGAAAUUCAUAUUUGGCUUGGGGGAAUAAACCAAACGAGAUGCAUUAAUUCGUCUGUUCCUGAACCGUUAGGUGAUGAUUUUUUUUGUUAAAUUCCCCGAAGUCUCGGUGGACAGGAUGAAUUUUGAUGCAUUAAAAUUCAUUUGGUUAGUUGAUCAAAACGCUGGAACGUAACCCAAAGUCACUAUGGUCUCCAUAUUGGUGCUGUAAAACUGCAAGGAAACGGGGCAAUGUUGGUGAACGAAGCUAAUUCGGCCAGGAUUUGAACCCUUCAGACGCCUUUUUUUUCCUCAACUGACUCUUCUUGAUAUGAAAUUUUCACUUAGAAAGGAAAACCACUUAGUAGUAUACUCCCAAAUCAUCCAAUAACUUCUUAUUCCGUUUUGCAUUACCAUUUAAUUUAGCUGGAGCCCCUAUAUAACUAGAUGGCACAGUUUUGGACUGUCGUAUAUUUGUCCUUGACGUUUAUCUCGUGGGCAGCAUUAGAACAGAUCGUGAUGGUGCAGAAACCGGAUUGUAGUUCAUGCAAGUGGACUUGGACGCGUUACGAAGUUAAAUGCAGAACAUGCCCAAUUGUCGGGGUAAGUGUAUAAAGCAUUUAUUUUUCCUGUCUUAGCCCAGGCGUCGAAAGGGGUUAGGGAUAUGGAAGAAGAGAAAAGGAAGGGGACUGGGGAGGCUAAGGAUCACCUUAGUUUUACGAACUGAUCAACAGUGAUAACACACAGUAAUUGAAACUUUCAUUCAACGUCUGAUUUCUUCCUCUUGAGUCUCCCAGCCCAUACCGUGGUGUUCUCAAGUCGUACAUUCGUCGCCUACUGUUACACCUCCUUACCCAAUCUCUCGACACGAUGAUAACUUUUUAAACAGUUUCGUAGUCGGAAAUCUAGCCUUAUAGGUAAUAUAUAAGCUGAAAACGAAAUUCAACAUCUUUUUCAAGAAGGUUAAACUUUUCGGACUUUUUUUUUUUGCUUGUUGUUGUUGUUGUUGUUUUUUUUUUUUUGCGUUUACUCACAGUAAGAAUUAUACAUGAACGAAAGAGUUCCGCCUUCUAUAGACCUUACUUUUGAUAUAACUAUUUGAUAUAACUAUUCCAUUUUCUAUGACAGAAACGGAUUGUCGUAAACAUAGGGUGUUAUUACCGUUUUCUUCAAACGCCUUAGUAUGUUCGGUUAUGCGUUUCCUUUCAUUUAUGCACCACACAGAAAUCACGCCUAAACGUAACGCUCAUUCAGUUUCUUAACUGCAUAAGAAAACAGCUGACAUUUCGUGGCGACACCAUUAGUUUCCCCGCAAAAUAACGUCGGAUAAACGAGCCCAGAAAAUGCAUACUGAUGACCCGUCACUACGCAGAACUGGAAAAUCCUUCUGAUUGGUUGUGCUGGGUGGGAAAUUUGCUUCAACCAAUCCGAAGCACGAUCUACAUCUGCUUAGGGACGCGUCACCAUUUUCAAUUUCUGUUCUCGUUAUUUUUACUCAGACGUCAUUUCGCGAGGACACCAGUACUUUUUGCCAGCACUUUAAUGUAGUUUUCUAUCUUUCUUUUUCUCCCUUCUUGUCUGUUUUAGUGGGACCACCCAUCCGUACCUGGAGAUAUAAAUGCACUAUCAAAGUAUACUGUGUGCAAUAUUCUAAAACCUGAUGGUUCUUCGUAUUACAAAUCUCCAUUUGAACCAAAUAAUUGGCUACUUAGCGAUCUCAUUCAAGUAACAGAAGUUAACAGAGUAGACGUCACUGUCGAGUACUCUAUAACUCAGUGUCCUCCGUCUGCACUGUAUUGUAAAGAGUACUUUGAUGCUUAUGUAUGGGAAUCCGACUCAGUUGUCUUACGUGACAAAAUACCGCACCCCAUAAACAUCAACGGUUCGUACAGAAGAUUCGCUUCAUUCAACCGUCAGUCCAGUGGUUUUACGGUUUUGACCGUGCCACUUGUCUUACCAAGAAGAUACUUUGUGCUUGGAUUUCGGGAUCAAGGUGGCUGUAGAACAUUAAAUUCCGUUAAGGUCACCUACAAUGUUUGCCCUCGAACAACACUCAGUAGAACCUUGGUCUCUGUGCCGCGAACUUUAGCACCAUCAAAUGACCGUGAAUCGAUUUCAGUUUUAGGAGAAUGUGCUGCCAACUCUGUACUAGUUUCGAACAGUUUGAAUGUUCUUUGUGAGAGCAGUGGUGAAUGGAAUAUCACUCGUCUUGGAGGGGGGUGCGUUUGCAAGGAGGACAUGGAAAACAUUGAAGGCCAAUGUGCGGGUGAGUAUGAUACUAUCAAAAUUACUCGGAAAAAAAAGAAAAAGAAAACGCUUCUGCUCCACCAACGCUGUGCAGUGCGUAAGUUUCACGUGAUAGAAUGUCAAAUCACGCGUGAUCACAUUAUGAGUGAUAAAAGCCGGGUUCAAACGCCCGAGACCAGAUUGCGUUCUAUGCAUUCCAUGCAUUCUUAGUGCAAGUCCAAAAGAAGCUGGCUGUAUGUAUGGUAUCCGGUCACCUCGCCACCAAGAAAUAUAUAUCUUAAUACUUAUCGAAAGGACACGUCUCUAAAAAUAACCGCCAUGCUACGCAGGCUACUCUAAAAAGAAUCUUUUUGCUUUAAAAUUACAAUGAAAUCUAAGGAGGUAAGGUUCAAGUGACAAAAGUAACCAAUUCUCAUAGGACAGGCUAUUGGAUUUAAACAAACCGCACCUGUCACAAAAAUAGAACACUAAAGAUGAGAAGUUCGACACAAGGAGUCAAUAAAAAUCGAUAAACUUAUAUUUGGGCUUGUGGAAGAAAUAACAACCCCAGGUAAGAAAACAGUGUCAAUUAUUGUAUAGUUAUUAUGUGGUGGCAAGUAGACUUCUUGGUGGCGAGUUGACCGUAAACCAUAUACACGUGUGCCGUGCCCGUCCAAUAGCAACCUGAAGAUUAGAGUUGCAGGCUCCUCUUGUUCCUCGCAAUUAACCUUAACUAGAUCCUCACAACCCCUAAAAACCUUUUUCAAUCAACUGUAAACUCUCUCUUACAAUGUAGCUGUUUAAUUAGUAAAUUCCCCUGUUUGUGAGCAGUCUAUCUAUUCCAGCUUUAUUUGUUUUCCUGUUGUAUUUUUUCGUAUCCAUUAAGGGGAAAGAACGGGUAGCGAAAAGACUUGUACCCCGUAAAAACAAAGAUGAGUUCAGGUUUACUAUAUACACUGAAUAAUUCUAACAUUAACAAAGCUAAAAUCUCCUUCAGUUUCAAAACUUAAAUACGUAAUUUCAUUUUAGGAUGUAAAAAGGGGAAAUAUAACGACCAGACGGGCCUUAAUUGCACAGGUAAGCUAUAAUUAACCAGAUAUCACAGAUGAUGACCUGCAUGCUCGUUUCAAUUAGUUCUUUCACUAAUUAAUUUUGAACAGUGUUAACAAUAAUUGAACAACAUUCUUUUUUGCUAUUAUUACUGAAAUAAAAUGCAACGCGCAAUCUCUUUGGUUUAAUUAUAGUUCCAUGAAAAACUCGCGUUUAUGAUGAGGAGGCGGGUGUGGCCGAGCAGUUAACACCCCGAACUCCGGAUCUGGAGGUCCGGGGUCCAAGUCUCGCUUGUCGUGUUAUAUCAUUAGACAAGGAACUUUACACCACUUUGUCUCUCUUCACCCAGAUGUAGAAAUGGGUAUCGGCGACAUUCUACUGGGGGCCUUUGGCUCGUGUACGCCUUUACCUAACCAUGAUUAUAUUUCCAUUCGCUUUAGAGUUGCCAUCAGCUCCAAGAAAUGUCACUGCUACGUUUCUCAACCAAAGUGUAAUCGGGUUAAGCUGGAAGUCUCCUGAAAUAAUUGGUGAUCGAAGUCACGUGUUUUAUGACGUUAGUUGCCUUCGACCAUGCAAUAAUGGUGCCCAAACGAAGUGUACUGAGGAGCCAUGUCAAAAUGACGUUAAAUACAUCCCUUUCAAUAAAGGACUAAAUACAACCACAGUGUUGGUGACGAAUCUUUCUCCAUUCGUUAAUUACACGUUCAAAAUUUACGCAAGGAACAGGGUUAGUGAAGUGGCCAAGAGGAGGCAUGGCAUUGAAGGAAACUUCACUGUAAUAACUGUUACAACUAUUGGUACAGGUAAGUCAGUAAGAAAAAAAAAAACAACCAACCAAACCUCGAAAACAUUUGCAACGACAACAACAAUCCCACUACCACCACCAACCUUAAGAAACUCUUUCCAACAAAGAAAACGGCGAGGUUUUAUAAAUCACUGUACAUGUAAAUUUAUAUCGGCCUAAAGCGGAGGUCCUGCAUAGCUACUGUGCAAAGUUUUAUUACAAUGUCACCAGUUUUAAGGGCAAUGAAACCCAUUGAUUUGACCCCAUGGAAAGCUAGUUUCUGGAGCACUUCAGGAUUCUUUUUUUAACUCUUGCGACUUUUUGAUAAUUUGUUUGUCCAGCAGAUCACUGUGAAGCUACUUUGCCUACAUAUAUUUGGAGUCAUUUUUUUUUCUAAUUUGCGUUUUUUUUUUCAAUCUGAUUAUUACAUAGUAUUAUUACUUCAUUGGCAAUAUUUUUAAUUUACAAUGUAGUUCCUGGUCGACCUGAGCUCUUCGUUGAACAAAACGAAGUUACAGUGUCAGUUUCCUGGAUUCUACAGCACAAGAAUGGCAUCAUAAAGAAUUAUGAAGUGACAUACGUAAGAGAAGAUAAUUAUAUGGAUAGAAGAAGUAUUCCAACAAAUAAAACAAAACACGAAUAUAAAGAUUUACAAGCUGGAAAAACGUACAAAUUUCAGGUAUACUUUAAACACCAUAUUUCCUCUACUGCUAAUUACUUCGUUAGUAUGUUAAUUAUUAUCACUGUUAUUGGUCUUUUAGUGUUCUUCUUUUUUGCUCUCAUUUACAAACGCACAAAGUACCGAAUUGACAGGAGCACAGUUAAUAAAGUCGAAUGGUUAUGAAUUCCGAUCCGUUAGGGUUCGUUGUUAUGUUUUUGUUAGCACUGUGCACUGUCAGGAAGCAUCCAACUGUGGCAUCGUUGCUUAUAUCGGUUUUGAUGUUUACUGACUCUCAUAACCAGCAUCCACCUUUAUCCAUGACGGAAGAGAGAAUGUUGGAAGACGGGAAAGGAUACAAUCAACUCUCUCUAAGACGGACACCUUUGAACUCCCUUGGGGCCCGGCACUUAGUGUCCGUCUUAUAGGGGGUCAAAUAAAGCGAAUCGGUGUCUGUUUUACAGAGGUGUCCGUUAAGAGAGAGUCAACUGUGACUGGCUUUUUUCAUUUUCAUGUAACAGGUCUCCAUCAGCGAGGGGCUUGGAUUUCCUGGGCUUGAAUUCCUUAAAAAAUUCGCAGGAGGACAUUGUUCUCAGAGACCUGAACGUACAAACACAUAAGACCCAAAAUACAAGGCAGUUUAAUUUUAAGGCUGCACCGUUGAGUCUCUCAACGUUCUCUUUAAAAAAAUGAUUUUUUUUUUCUAACAGAGAUUUCAUUUAUUUAUUUGCAAUUUAAAGCAAAAAUAAUUUUAGAUCUAUGUUGUUGUCAAAUUUGCAUAAUUUCCAUUAAAUUGCUCAUUUUCUUCUUUAAGGGAUUUGAAAAUAUUUUUGAAUGAAUAAUAAAACUAUUAUUGAAUUCGGCUUUCGUAGGAUAUGAAGAAUUAUGCUAACCUCGGAGGUGGUUAUUCACCUCGGCCGAUAACACCCUUCUUAAUCUGUUCAGCCUCAUUCAAUAACUACUAAAUAUUCUGAGUUGCAUGGUCUUCCAGAGAUAUCUGUACAUUUAAGAGUUAACAUACUGCAUUGCUAUAUCCGCUUGCUCUUCAAAAUGCCGGGUCUUAAGUAUGGUCACAUUCCACAGGUCAAGGGAACAGUUCACUGCUCCAUUGAUAAAUUACCAAACCACACAGAUUCCCCAUUUUUUUAAAGAUAUUAGGGCUAGGAGACACUUUUAAUGCUGUUCAUUGAUCUGUAUGAUGGUAACCUGUAGUCUGACUUGUGGAAAAGCGACUUGUAUUUUAGACCCGCCAUCUUCAAAAGCAUAUGAUUUAUUCACGUGUCGCAGCCUAAUAACUUUGAACAAAAAUUAACUAACUACUCAGUUUUACGCCGCUUUCAGGUAUUUGCCGAGAAUAACUAUGGAAGAGGACCUAUCGGGGUAAAAAAAUUUACAGUACAAAACGGUAAGUGUUCAAACUAGUGAUAGGCUCAGUUCGUUACUAAGGUAACCAUGAAUAUUUAUAAUCACGACACAUUGAAACUUUGAAAAGGAAACUGCUAAAACGGCUGACAGAAUGGAUCAGUGGAAGAGGUUAUUUACCUUGCAAACCAUUCCUUCUUCACUUCAGCUGUAUGUCUGACGUCACAAUAACCAACAACACGAUGAAUCCAAAUUAUCAUUCUUUUUUGUUGUUGUUGCUACUUAACUGGAGUAGCCUUGAAAACUUUUGAUCCGUUUUUUCUUCAAAUUGAUGAAUUUAUCAGUCUAUCUCUAUCUAUUUAAAAAGACUCUUCAACACUCUUGAACUCUGUAUUUUUUUCUUGUUGAAACCAUUAAUCUUGAACAGCUGUGAAAAAAGAAACAAACAAACAAAGCAAAACAAGAAUAUUCGUUUAAAUAAUCGAAUUAUCUUCUCUUGGAAUACUGAAAUUUAUUGAACAUGCAUCGACUGGCACACUAAUUGAUUGAUUGAUUAUAGGUGGUGAUGGUUUAGAUAAAUUGGUUGUUCUUAUUACUGCUGGAGGUGGAAGCCUAUUGUUCGUUUGUGUUGUUGUAUUUAUCAUUAUCAUUUUCCUUUCGCGACGAAGGUGGGUUUAACAAAGUUUAACAUAGUCUUAUGCUGUAUAUUUUAACUUUUUGUCAUCCUUUUUUACCCUUGGCUGUAACUUCUUCGCGUGCUUUUCCUGAAGCAUUGUCUUGUAAAUGAAUUUAUUACUAUCAUCAUCAUCGCUAUCGGUAUUAUUAUUAUCAUUAUUAUUAAUAUGUUUUGUUGUUGUACUCAGAGGGAUUACUUUUUAACCAUUUUAAUUUACACUUGAGGCUGAGGACCAAUUUCAUCCCUACUAUCUUCAUAGCUUCAGCAAUUCUUCGAGAGCGCGAAGUAUUUGAGUCUUAACUCUCUGGAUAGAUGAAUAAACGCUAAGAAGUUUCUUUGAUAAUUAAAAUAAUUCUAAUAACAAGAAUAGGGGGCGGUCGGUGUUAGCGACAGACAAUCUGGUAAAGUGAAUACAUAACUGUGUUCAAAAUAGAGAUGCUUGUGUAUCCUUGAGUACCUUACAAUUUGUCUAUUCCUUAUCUUAGGAAAAGUUUACAGAGGGAUUAUAUACGAGGCACUGAGCACGGUGAGGCUGUCUCCUUAUUAAACAACUUAAUCAAUACUGGGGGAAGACCAAGGCGACGAUAGCAAUCGUCCCAUGACAACUUUAUUUAAGUGUUCCAAUCAGCUCAAAGGCUCGUAUCCAUAGGGGACAUGCGUCUUAAAUGUACAGUAGAACUCAGAUAACUCGAACUCCCCGCUAGCUCGAACUAAAUUUCCUUUCCCUUGAUCAUAAUUUCCCUGAAACUUACCCUGAUAACUCAAAUUCCCCACUAACUCCAACUGUUUUUCGUAUACCUUCAGAGUAAGGUUGGUUACUUGCUGAGACGUUGUGCCCAUAUGGCCGCCAUAUUGGUUUUCGCUUAAACCGCGCAGUGCGAAAGUUGGAAUAUAUAGAAGUCAUCAAAAUCAACAGAAAAAAAAUCAAAACGAAAACUAGAUACAAUACAAUACAAAAUGAGAGGCCAAGGGGUUAGAAAAGUAUUUUCAACAUCAGUCACAGCCUUUAAGGUCAUUGGGCAGGAAUCAAGGUUUAGAGGGAAAACAAUUUUAACAGGGCCAGUUGGUCAUUAUGUAGGGGCUAUUUUGGGCAAAUUGUAUGGCUUGGGACAAUGAAGUGCAGGCCGUCGCCGUUGUUCAAUGUUGGCCGUAUGCAGAGGCUUGGCUGCAGCAUAAAGCGACCACUGUUCGUUUUCUCUUUCAUAGGGAGUGACCUUAGUCAGCAGCGUUACAUCGACCCUACAAACUAUGGUGAUCUAAUGGAGCUUCUCACUACGCUUACAACAGAAAUCGAAAAACCUAAGAUAAAGUUGCAGAGGUUUGUUGGACAAGGUAACUUGCCUUUAAUGAGCGACUAACGACUUUGACAGCUGAAUAUCGUAUUUAGCCCUUCUGUUUCUAAUCUUUGUUUUGUGUAAUUAUAGGUGAAUUCGCUGAUGUCUACAAAGGAACCUUGAAGACACGAAAUGGUAGAGAUGUCGUUGCGGUCAAAGUGUUAAGGGUAAGUUUAAUCGGCUGCACAUCCUUAACGCAUUUAAUGGUCGUCCUCUUCGUCGUCGUCAUCAUCAGGCAAUUGCCUCUUUUGAUUCGUUGCCAAGAACUUUUUUCGUGGCUCACUGGCCGGUGGGGGCUGUAAAAGUUCGACAAGCACAACAGAUCGUGAGCAAGUGCUUAAAAGUUUCUCAAAUUUUGUUGUGAAGACGAAGAGGAGCUCACAUUUGACAUUGUGGACUUUAGUUUAUGUUCACCGAAUCUCCUUUUUUCAAGUUUGUUGAUACCAUGCAGGAUUUGGAAUCUGGGACACGCGGGACGCAUUUAUGCCAUUUUUGGAUUUCGAAAAGUGAAUGGAGCAUCGGAAUCAGUGUUGAGAGGGCUGGCCAAAAAAUUUACUUGAAAAGGUUUUCCAAAUGAUGCGCUUGCAGUGGACCAGCGAGCUCGAUAUCGAUGCCUUAGAAGCCAAGGGCACUGGGCCACACUAGAAGAACUGUUGGAAGUCGUGGGGCGCUACUUGGUCGAGCGUACUGAAAUCAUGCAAGGAGAAACCGGGUGCUGUUUUGCCAAUAGAUUUAUCUUUUGCUACCAAAUUUUUGGCCGUCUAUUUAUUUAUCAAGGUCAAGGGUUCGCGCCCCAUGACAUAUCAGUACUUAACGGUGGAAAUGGUGAACAAAGCCAAGACUAACGGUGGAUUUAUAGACCAGAAAAUGUUCAAAACGGCUGGAAAAUUUGGCUUCGAUUCUCUUUACCUGACUGAGACGAGCAUGCAAGUGUUGGAUGGCUACAUCAACCACAUUCGCCCCCUACUCAGACCGACCUGCGACUUUGUAUUGGUAACAAGAAAUGGAGGGCAGCACAACAAGCUGGGAGAGCUAAUGAGUAAACUGGUCUUCGAUGCAACAGGCAAAUACGUUCACCCGACUCACUAUCGACAGAUUGUGGAGACCGCGAGUUGCAGGCAGCGCGAGGAGCACAAUCUCCGAGGACCAGAAACACAGCUCCGUUGUUGCAAGGGUUCACUAUCAGAAGGAGCGAUCGCGCGAGGUGGCGAGCAAAGCACAUGAAUAUUUGGAACCAUUGAACGGGAAAAAGGGAUCAGAGGUAGAAAUAGACGUGCGCUCGAGGCUUUCUGGCAAUUCUGCGUCAUCUGAAGAUCAAAAUGGUAGCAAAACCGAUACUUCCUCUAACGAAGAGCGUCAGGUGUCGCAAGACUAAAGCGGGAAAAUGCGUUUAUAGCGACAGAUUUCCAGGCGAGAAAGAAGAGUCUGAUGUUCACCCCUGAAGAAGACAAUUAUCUAAAAGCAGGCAUCGAGCGACACGGCUACGUCAAUGGAAAGCGAUUCUCAGGGAUCCCGAAUUUCGUUUUCAGGGGAGGACAGCCAACUCCCUGCUGAGCCAUGCAGCGCAAAGAUUUGGAUCACUUUCUAAGUUAUCCUAGAACUUUACAUUGUGAGCAAAACAUAAUUUUGCGAAGGGCACCAGAACACUAAACUGUAGUUAGGUCAUAACACACAGCUUAAGAGGGCCCCCAGUUUUCCUCGGCUGGACAAGCACGAUGCACUAAGACUACGAAGUUUUAACCGGAAUUCUAAGUGGAAUAGUUUGAAAGUUAUAAAACGGGACAAAAAAUGCGUUCUUUUGGCGGGCGACACUUAAAAGCUAGUAGUGAUCGUAAAACAACACAUGUUUAAGCACAAACAAAUUUUAUUUGGACUUGAUCACGAACAAAUGAAUCUGAAUCAUCUUGCACACGCAGUUGAUCAUGAGCACGUAGGACACCUAACUGACGAUAGGCUUAACUCGAGUUAAACUGAAGGACCUACGAAUAAAGGGCAAUAAUGCAAAAUACAAUGUUCUGUUCUCGUCCACUCUGAGCGCAGACCUACUGCUCUUUGCACGAACUCGCCCUUCCUGUUUUCUUGCCCUCUUCGUCCCUUUCUGGAGUUGCUGCUCGCCCUGACAGGUCCUCAAAAACUCUAAGUGGUUCGUCUGCCAGCUAGGAACCUGGGUAAAUACCUCAUCGGCGCUGUCGUCCUCGGUACCCGCUUCGGCUUCUGCGACACCUUGCUCUUCUGUCGGUCUUGGCAAGGGUUCCGUCACAUUUUUUACCAUGAGCUGGUCUGCUUCGCGCAGUAUUCCCAGCUCCACGCAGACUCUCCUACGUUCCGCCACCGCUUCCUCCGUGUUGAAGGUCCCAAGAUUCUGAUGGUGGAGCUUCAGCUUGUCGGAUAGGACCUCCUGGUACGCCAUCAGGCUACUUCGCAUGUAUGGAUCGUCUGUACGACUGUACUUUUCUACACACUCGUCAAGUUCCUUCUCCGUGGAACGCAGCCAAGAACCAGCGAAGACUAAACGUGCCUUCUCGCGGCGCUGCUGUACCAGGUGUUCUCUCUGUGCUCUUCGAUUCUCUUCGAGAUCAGGAACAAUUGGAGUGGGCAUCUCCUCGCCCGGGUCUAACGGCAUCAUCAUCAUCAUCAUCAUCAUCGUUAACAUCAUCAUCGCCAUUGAUUUCGUCGUCGUCUAAUCGAUCACCACCAUUCCUAAUCAAACUCAACCUUGGAAAACGCAAAACCAAAUUACGUCUUUGUGCCAGUUCUCUCAUCUGCUAUGACUGCUAUGUGAGAGUUUUAUUUAUUUUUUUUUUUUCUUGACGGCCAAAAAAGUUACAUUUCAUACGUGUCGUAGGUCGUACAAGGCGUAAUACACUUGGACGUGAAUUUAGCUAUAUGAGACGACUGGUGACAUUUAUGUGGUUUACCUACUAAUCUCAGAACUAUAAUGUGUUAUUUUUAAUUGCUUGUUUUAGCCCGGCUCGAAUGAGAAGAACCAGAAAGAUUUCUUAUCCGAAGCGUCAAUCAUGGGCCAGUUCAAUCAUCCAAAUGUGAUCAAGUUAGUAGGAGUUGUCACAAAGAGUAAGUGAAAAAAGCGACUGAAUUAUUUUGACCAAAAACUGCGGGUUGAAUAUCAUGAAAAUUUUCCACAAUGCCAUUUGGACGUUUAUUAACUUCUUGCAAUGUGUAUGAAGGAGUUUUUCCUCUUGAUCAUGAAUUUAAUAAUUAAUAUUUUUGUAGGCAGGCCCAUGAUGAUCCUCACAGAGUUCUUGGAAAGUGGAUCCCUGGAUAAAUUUUUGAAGGUAGCCUGAUAAUUACUGGUCCUAGGGAUUACAGACUGAAGGCGCAAAAUGAGAUAAAGGGCUCUUCACAUUCUCUAUUGACUUAUCUACUGUGCAAGUAUAGUCUUUUUAAUACGUUCUGUGUUCUUGUUUCAGGAGCAUAAGGGUCUGCUCACAAGCCUUCAGUUAGUCGGCAUGGCUCGAGGUGUAGCUUGUGGCAUUGUGUAUCUCUCUGAAAUGAACUUAAUUCAUCGGGUAAGAUACUUAUAAUAAUAUAAUGUAUCGAUUGGAAGAGAUGAAUUUUAUUUUGAACAGAUAAUUAUACUAUUUCCUGCUGAAACAUUAAAGUUGACACUAACAAAGUAAUUUCUCCUAUAUUUUUAAUCUUUUCAAUAAAUUGAAAACAGUGAAUUUCCUCUUGGAUUAUUUCGCUUGGUUUCUAGGAUCUGGCUGCUCGUAACAUUCUCGUUGGUGAGAACAUGUUGUGCAAAGUUUCUGAUUUUGGUCUGUCAAGAGAGCUGGCAGAGGACAGUCCGGUUUACGAGACACAGGUACAUUUAAGGUGUCCUGUUCCCCACUUCAGAAAUAAAAGGGGAAUGGGUACAACCUUUCGGCGCAGCGAUUUCAAGGAUCGUUUGUGUGGACAGGCGUUACUCAUGAUUGGUUAAUAGUUACCUUGCGUACCAUGGAUCAAUACCUAAGAGUUGUCCACUUAACCAAUCCCAGAAAUCACUGCACCCAAAGCUUGUACCCAUUCCCCCUAGAGUUCUGAAGUGAGGAAUAAGUUGAUUUUCAAAGAAGUAUUCCUGAGUUAAAAGUAAUCAUAUUUUACACGCGCAGACGGACCAAAACGUCUUUCUUGCCGAACCACUUGACUUCAUUCAUGCUACUUGUUAGUCGCUUGACAUGUCUGUAUAUUCUAAAUCAACCUCUAAACUUUCAUUUUAAGUGCUUUUUCUCCUUGAAGGAAAUUAUAUCAAUCAUAAAACUUUUCAAGGUAUAAAACAAAAGAAAGAGAUAUGCAACAUAAUGGGAGUUUUCCAACUGUGGCAGAACAGCACUUUCCUUGCAACAAAAAAUUAAAUUGAGCAUAAACACGAGAAAACAUAAAUCACAAUACAUCACAUAACUUACAAAAACAGAAAUGUUUGCCCUGAAUGCUUUGUAGAUAGCUAACGAAGUUGAGAGGAGUGGACCCCAUGUAGAAAAUACUUGCAUCUCGUUUAACUGUUUUUAAAGGGGGGUAAAAUCGCAGUUCGAUGGACCUCACCAGAAGCUCUUCAGAACCGCAUGUUCAGCUCAGCAAGUGAUGUGUGGAGUUAUGGUAUCGUUCUUUGGGAGAUUAUGUCAUUCGCUGAUCGACCAUAUUGGGGGUGGAGCAACAGUGAGGUAUGUAAAAAAGAAUCAUCGAACAUUUUAUCUUUAACAAUCAUCAUCACGUUACAUCAAAAAGUGCGAAGACCCAAAAUGGAUAAACCUCACUAGUAAUGCUGGUUAUGACGUCAUCAGGGGGACGCACCGUCAUUUGUCACCGAACAUUACAAAAUAAUGCCGCGUCUUCCAAAUGAAUCUAAAUUCAAGACCUUUUCCCGACUUUCGAUUAAAUUAUUUUCUAGACUGGAGGUUAUAAUCUAAAUAACCGAUUGACGAAUUUACCUCAAGGUUAUCUAAAUAAGCGAUUGAUGGAUCAACCUCGUCAGUAAUGCUAUUUAUGACGUCAUCUCACACAACGCCAUCUGUCACCAGUCUUACAAAAUAAUGCCUCGUCUUCCAAAUGAAUCCAACUUCAAGACCUUUUCCAGACUUUCUCUAAAACAAUAAUUUCUUUCCCAGACCCAUGCUUAUCUAAAUAAGCGAUAGAUUGAAAAACAAAAUCCAACCGGUACAGGACAAAGUUUUGUGGCAAUGCAAUUGUACACCAACGUGCAGAGUAGGCAUAAGAAAGUUCUGAAAUUUGUCAUUCUGCGAUCAAAUGUUUUAGCUUCAGAAGAGGUUCAUUAAGUUUAUAUUCUGAACAACAACAACAACGAGCAACCAAACAGACAAAACCAAAAUAUUAGUUUAAAACAAAAAGACUCCAGGUUUUAUCUGUCUUUUCAGACUUUCCCACCGUCUGGAAAACUGGUUUGCAAAUUUUAAGACGUUUUCGAUAAUUCAAGACUCCGUGUGAAUCCUGAAAUAAAGGACAAUAGCUACUACAGCCGGAUAGUUGUGCGAAAUAUACGCAUGAAAACAUUAAUAAAGAAACCAGGACAGUUGGCAUUCAAAAACUCCUCCCAAGCCACGUCUCUGUUUCUUAUUAAAAUUCAAAGCUUCAGUACGCAAUAAAAAUUACAAAACAAUUGUGUCAAUAUGUAAGUGUUUAUAACCACUAAUUGUUACUGAUUUUGAAUAGGUGAUGGACCGAGUACAGUUUGGCUACCGGUUACCUGCUCCGAAGGUAAUUUUAUUGUACUUAGAAAACCAAUACUAACAAGUUAUUAAUAUGUAAAAAAUAAGAAAACACGGCCAGAAGUCAGAUCAACGGAAAACAUAGAUUUAAGUAUGACACACAAGGAUUCGUUACCACUGCUGAGCUAUGCUCACUCGACUCUAACAGACUGUAGGUGCUUUCGUCUUCAUUCUAUUGAUAGCGUUUCCACUCUAAAAUUAAGUUAAAAAUUUGCAAGAGGGCAACGGUAAAUUGCAUAACAAAAACUGAUGAAAGGAAACCUGAAAUAAUGAAAAGAAACACUUAGAGAUUAAUUAAGUUAGCUGCAAAGCUAGAUUAACUGCUUUUUGAUUAAUCUGUCCUUGCGACUAAUUUCCCGUCAUCACAUUUGGGAAACUCACAUUAGAGUAAGAAUAAUGAAAAGCUUUAAUUUGGUAUGAUUUAAUAUUACUUUGCAAAAUGACCUUAGCAAUCAGGUUAUACGUUUGCAUCGCUUCCAACUAACGAACAGUAAGGGCGUUUCCUUUUCUGCCUUUCAGGAUUGUCCUGAAAUCAUUCAUGGUAUAAUGAUGGAUUGCUGGCAGUCAGACCCAAACAAAAGACCAAAGUUUGGAGAAAUCGUCAAUCGCUUGGACAAAAUAAUUCGCUCCCCUGAAGUCUUAGAAAUUGUUCCUUUGCUCCAAUCAACGCUAGAAACGUGAGUAAAUAAGCUCCGUUGUCUGCAAAAUCACACUUCACUUUUUUGUCGCCGUGAAAAAAACAAAAAAACAGCUAAUAACUAUUCUAAAACUCCACAGAUCUCACGGCCAGUUUAAAGAAUCACUAGGGCCUCACGGGAACUAUUUUGGAGGCAACUUCUUACGGUUAUAACAAGUAAUAAAAAGAUGAGAACAAAUAAACCGUUGGACUUAAAGAGAGUAUGUCAGGGCGUUACGCCAGAUUCCAGAGAGGCUAAAAUUUGACUCCAAGGUGCAUAGCAUAACUGUUUCACUUGCUAAAAUAAUAAAGGCGUAUCGCUAGCCUGCUAACAGGGAAGAGGCGAAAACAAAGAUUCGAUAAAACUAAGCCAAAAGAAAACUCCGGAAGGGACUGAUGACUUAUGAUUUGCCCCAUCUUCCAUAAAGAAAGCUUGUCUAAGGCUAGUGUAUAUAUAGAAGUUAACUUACGAUUUACGCCAUUUUCAUUUCAGAUCUGAAGAGAUUGAUGCUCCACAAUUCGAGUCUGUGGACGAGUGGCUUAACUUCAUAAACAUGGAAUGUUAUCUGGAAACAUUUCAAGCAGCAAAUGUAGACAGUCUUGAGAAAGUUAGGGGACUGAGAGACGAAGAUUUAAGAGAUAUGGGUGUCAAGCAAAUCGGACAUCGAAACAAGAUUAACAAAAGCAUUAAGGCCAUAAAAGAGCAGCAUACUUACAGCAUCCUGGAA